AUGGAGAACAAAGAGGAUGCAGGGAAUAGUAGUAAAAUGGAGGAGGAGAAAAGUUUCAAAGAUCUUGAACUUGGAGAAGAUGUUCCCAAUGAUCCAUUGCAAAGUAGGAGCUCAAGCUUUGCCAAUGAUUAUAAGAUACCUCACCGAACACCUGUGGAUUUGACAACUGCACAGACAUUGCUAUUGGCUUAUCAAUCACUUGGAGUUGUUUAUGGUGAUAUUGGGACAUCUCCACUCUAUACAUUCCCUUCUAUCACUUUAUCCAAUCCUCAAGAGUUGGACUUACUUGGUGUGCUAAGUUUGAUCUAUUGGACUCUCACUGUCAUGGCUUUGCUCAAAUAUGUUCUCAUUGUCUUGAGAGCAGAUGAUCAUGGAGAAGGCGGGACUUUUGCGCUUUACUCAUUGCUUCGCCAACAUAUUCAUUUCAAGAACAAGUCUAUGGUGCCGAUGACGAAGUUGGAAACCGAUGUCGAUCUCUUGUAUCACAGCAACAGCAAUAGAAGGAAAUCAAAGACACAUAAGUUCUUGGAAGGGAGUAAAACAGCUCAGAGUGUGCUCACAAUCAUCGUCUUGAUCGGUACUUGCAUGGUGAUGGGAGAUGGUGCUCUAACUCCAGCAAUUUCAGUGUUGUCUGCUGUUCAAGGAAUUCAAUCAAGGUCAUCCAAGAUAACACAAGAUCAUGUUGUUCUUAUAUCUGUGGUGAUCUUGCUCCUUCUUUUCCUCUUCGAAAGGUUCGGCACAAGCAAGGUUGGCUUCUCCUUCUCCCCCAUCAUGCUUUUAUGGUUUGUAUCCAUUGCCGGUAUCGGCCUCUUCAACAUUAUCAAAUACUACCCGCCUGUUCUCAAAGCGAUAUCGCCUCAUUAUAUAUACUAUUUCUUCAAAAGAAACCGACGAAAGGGAUGGGAGACUCUUGGUUCUGCUGUUCUCUGCAUCACUGGAGCUGAAGCUAUGUUUGCUGAUCUUGGUCACUUCAGCAAAAGUUCAAUUCAGAUUGCUUUCUCAACGGUGGUUUAUCCAGCAUUGAUAUUAGGCUAUGGUGGAGAAGCUGCAUACUUGAUAAAGCACAAGGACAAGAUAAGCACAGCAUUCUAUAGUUCGGUGCCGGAGCCCAUCUUCUGGCCGAUGUUUAUCAUCGCUACCCUCGCUGCAGUCAUCGCCAGCCAAUCCUUGAUAUCUGCAAGCUUCUCCAUCAUCAGGCAAUCCAUGGCUCUUGGCUGCUUCCCUAGAGUCACAAUGAGGCACACCUCCGGCAAAUAUGAAGGCCAAGUCUACUCACCGGAAAUUAACUACACCAUCAUGAUUUUGUGCAUCAUCAUCACCGCCGGCUUCAAAGGCGGCCCAGAGAUUGGCAAUGCCUACGGUGUGGCCGUGAUAUGGGUAAUGCUGAUCACAACAGUUCUAAUGGUGGUGGUGAUGCUUGUGAUAUGGGACACCAAUGUCUUCUUAGUUGGAAUUUUUCUGGCUGUCUUCCUAAUUUUUGAAGGCUCAUACAUGACAUCUUUGUUGAACAAGAUUCCGCAAGGAGGAUGGGUGCCUUUCGCCAUUGCAUUGUUAUUCUUAGCCAUUACUCUCUCUUGGACCUAUGGAAGAGGGAAGAAGAAUGCGUAUGAAGCCGAAAAGAAGAUGAGUUGGAGAGAGUUCAAGGAGCUAAUGACGACAGACUCUGAAAUACCGAGAGUCCCCGGAGUUUGUUUCUUCUGUACCGAUCUCAUGAAUGGGAUUCCUCCGAUCGUUAGGCAUUAUGUGCAGCAUGUUGGUGCUCUCCGGCAAGUUACAGUGUUUGUAACGGUAAGAACAUUGCCGGUGAAGUCUGUGUUGCCAGAGGAGAGGUUCGUGAUGGCUAAGUUGCAAGCUCAAGGUGUGUAUAGGUGUUUGGUGCAAUAUGGGUAUAUGGAUGAGCCGAACAUGGAAGGCGAUGAGUUCUUGGGUUCGGUGAUCACUGGGCUUAUUAAAAAGGUCGAAAGCAGGGAGGAGGUGGUGGCUCUAGAGACGGCGAUGACCCGAGGAGCUAUCUUUGUGUUUGGGAGAGUCAUACUGAAGAUGAGGAAGGAGAGCAAAUGGUUCAAGAGAUUGGUGAUAGACACAUUAUACAGGUUCUUGCAGAAAAACUCAAGGUCCACCGUUGCAACACUGAAGAUCCCUCCUGGCAAAGUCUUGCAAAUAGGAAUGGUGUAUGAGAUCUAA